ACAGCCCCCGAGCGGGGCGAGAGUGACGAAGCCGAGAGGGACGGGGGCUCUCCCGGGAGGCGAACGCGGUCCCGGGGGGCUGGUGUCCCUCAGGGCGCCGCUCUGCCCCGCAGAGGUGGUGGCACCGGCUGGCAGAGUCCUUCAAGGUGCUGCCGGCCCCUCAGGCGUGCCGGUGGGGCUGCCGAUAGCCCCGGCCCUACCGUGACUCGGUCACUAGGCUGAAACUGCAGGCCGCUGUCUUUUCUGCGUGGGCCUCCCGCAGCGUAUGUUCCCCAGAACAGAGAGCUCCACAUCCCUGAUUACUCAUCCUGACAGAUCUGAGGAGAUGGAAAAUAAUUUGAUUCAUCAAUAAAGAAAUCACAAGAGGUUUGUCAGUACAUUGUUCAUUGAGCAUUGUGAAUUGUUCCAUCCAGUGAACAGGAACUCUGUGAUCCAUUUCCUGUACAUCAAAGCAUCCUUUUUGCUUUUAUCAAGAAGAUGCUACCUCUGAGGAUGUGAAUGAUAAAUGUGAGAAACACAAGGUUUUGAGGAUGAUGGACUGACACAAUCCAACAAUAUAAGAGAGUAUGAUCAUGGAACAUGUUCCAUGCUGCUUUUUUGACAUACAGGUUCAAUUUAUUUACAAGGCAAAUACGAAUUUUCCUUCAGCUGCCAGAAAGCAGAAUGAAUUUCAGAUCAACCACUGCAUUAAAAACAAAACAACCCCCCAAACAACAAAACAAUCCCAAAUGGUGGAUACUAGCAAAUUAUAAAAGAAGAGAGAAGGAGCCAAAAAUCAAAAAAGGGUACUGGAAAUGCAGCAAGUUAAUGAAAGAGGGAAGAGAGGCAGCCCUUUUUAGAGACUUCAGACUUCUGAUGCAACUGAAAUGCAAUGGGUCCAUGUCUUCCCAGAAACUUUCCGUGCCUUAUUGCAACUGUGGCUCAAGUCAGACUCCUGUGAGUGCUUCUUCUAUUUUGGAAAAUGCCAGCUCUUACGACAAUGAAGCUUUUGGAAUUGAAAGACCAAAAAGAAAUUUUCAGCAAGAUUCUUGGUUAGAAGAAAGGUUCUACAAGGCGCUUGAAAGACCAUUUACUGUAAUGUCCAACCGUGCACUUCCUGAGAAAGCUGUCAAACGUUGUAAGGCUUGUAUCUACCUGUCUCCACAGUACGCUGUGGAGCAAGAAGAGAGAAUAAGUAUAACUGAGUUGUUGUCUGGGAUUGACACAGUAAGUAGAGCUCUGAAGAAUGAGAAAAAGGAGAAAUUUUCAUCUCUCAGCAGAUCCUUGGAUUCACCCAGUGCUUCUCCUAGACCAUGCGAUAUUCCUGGGUUUCACAUCACACACAAAGGCAAAGUAUACCAGGACUGGAGAGGUGUGAUCGUACCAAAUCUUGUGAAGGAGCAUGACCAAAUGAGGCAAAAAUGCGUAAGACUGAAGGGUAAGAAGAUAGGCUUCCCAGUCUACAAAAAGAAAAGUGCUGCAUCAGGUGCUAAGUCAGAAAGGAAAAAUUGACAAAUGCCUUUCUCUUCAAACCCAGAAGAAGGAAAAGAAAAAUGUAACUCACCUGGAAGACUUCGGAGCUUUUUGUGAUAGUACAAAGGAUCCUGGCAGCAGAGAAGUACUUAAAGCAGUCAUUUGCAUUCAGAGAUAUGUGAGAGGGUGGCUUGUACGCAGGGCAUUCAAGAGGGUAAAAAUUAAGUCAGCAAGUCAUGGGCCAUCCUUACUAGCAGUUGUAAGGUACUAUUGUAAAAUGAUGGCGCGCAUUAAACAUCGAGCUGGUGUUUUGGAUCCAUCUACACCACUUCAUUAUUUUGAAUUAGAGGAGUGGAUGGACAAGAAAAAAUUUUAUGAAGCGAUGUUUUUCAAGAGAGAGCUUGACAAAAAGAUGGACAGAAAGCAGUUAUCUGAAUUUUUUAGAGACUGUGGAUAUUUUAUACCUGCCAGUGGAAUACAACGGGUCUUCCAGCUGGUCUCUCCAGCUUCCACAGCUGCUGUAAGAAGCAUCAAAAAGCAUCAAGCAAUUGAAAUGGCUUUCACACUAUUUCCUCCCCUUGGUGCAAAAGUGAAGAACGUAGUUAUAGUGCCACUACCAUGGCUGCACCCUCUGCUGGAUGGAAAAGUUGGAUCCAAGAAAUCAGCAUUUUCCCAUAAGAAGUCAAAGAAAACUGAUUUUCAAGUGUCAGCUGCGUUAGUGAUUUCUUCAAUGAAAGA